CCCGGUGAGGCUAUGGGUAAAAUGCGGCUCAAAAUUAUUUCCCCCCUGCAGUGAAGUCAUACCUAGCAAACCAACCAUGUCGACUGGGCUGUGCUGCGAGGCUCGGUCGUCCUCGCUUCUGACCCCUACUUAUGGGGCGAUCAUGCAUGGAGAAAUGUCCUACCUCGAAGGUACUGUACUUAUACCGACAUCUUCAUCCAGGCUGGGGCUUUACAUAUCGUUUCAACGUGACUGUUGCCCAUCAUCUUUAUUUGGGUUUCACGUCGGCAGAUCUCAACUCCUCCAGCAACAUCAUCGCUUCUCCAGUUCUCACACCUGAGUAGUCACUGUCGCUUUUCAGGAGAGCACACACACAACACCAGAUUCGAUUGUUACCCAACCAUCUUUCCUGAAGUUGCUAUACAAGAUAUCAAAAUGGCCACCUAUAAGAUUGCCGCCCCCGAUGAAUACCUUGCCAUCACUGGCAUGAACAUCAAGAAUGUCAAAAUCACAAAGGCAGCAUGGGUGUGGCCCUUUCAGCGCUGCAUGCGCUUCAGCGUGCAGCCGCACGACUACGCCAUGAACCUGCAGGCCAUGACCAAGGAGAAGCUCCAGUUCCUUUUGCCCGUCGUCUUCACCGUUGGCCCAGAUGUCAACCAGCGGGGUGCCAACACCAAGGGUGGAAACCAUGACCAUGAGGGCCACGUCACAGGAGCCGGCAGCGACGGGACGCCCGCGACGGUAGACGACCAUGUGCAUGACGACCGCCGCGAGGAUCAGGGGGACUCCCUCAUGAAGUACGCCAUGCUGCUGGCCGAUUCCGGUACCAACAAGGGCGACAACAACCGCCAGUUUCUCGAGAAUAUUGUCAAGGGCAUCAUCGAAGGCGAGACGCGUGUCCUUGUGUCGAGCAUGACCAUGGAGGAGAUCUUCACAGAGCGUGAGGUUUUCAAGCGUCGCAUUUUCCGCAAUAUCCAGAGUGAAUUGGACCAGUUUGGUCUCAAAAUCUACAAUGCCAACGUCAAAGAACUCAAAGAUGCGCCCAACUCGAUCUAUUUCGAGUCCCUCAGCCGCAAGGCGCACGAAGGCGCGACGAACCAGGCGCGCAUCGACGUCGCCGAGGCACAGCUCCGCGGAAACGUGGGCGAGGCCAAGCGCAAGGGCGAGCAGGAGCGCGAAAUCGCAAAGAUCCACGCCGAGACGGCCGUCCAGAAGACGGAGCGCGACAUUGAACGCGCCUCGGCCGAAGCCGUGCUCGCCACGCGCAAGACCGAGCUCAACCGCGACGUCGACAUCGCCCGCAUCGCCGCCACCCGCAGGACAGAGGCCCAGGACGAGGAGCUCAAGAAGGAGGUCCAGAUCAAGCGCGCCGCCGCCGAGAUGGAGCGCCUGCGCGCCAGCGACGUCGUCAAGGCCACCAUUGCCCGCGAGGCCAAGCAGCAGGCGGCCGACGCCAAGGCCUACGAGAUUGAGGCCGAGGCCAAGGCCAACUACGAGAAGCAGAGGCAGGCGGCCGAGGCGGGCGUGUACAAGAUGAAGGUCGACACGGACGCGGCCGUGUACAAGACCAAGGCGGACGCCGAGGCCCGCGCAUUCGAGGUCGAGGUCGAGGCGAAAGCCAACUUCGAGAAGCAGAAGCAGAACACCGAAGCGGGCGUGUACAAGAUCAAGGUGGACACGGAGGCGCUCGCGUACAAGACCAGGCAGGACGCCGAGGCGUGGAGCCACGCGACCGUCAAGAACGCCGAGGCAAGCCUGCAGAAGAAGCUCCGGGAGGCCGAGGGCAUGAUGGCCAUGGCUGAGGCCUACGCCAAAAUGAGCCAGGCCUUUGGCGGGCCCGCGGGCCUGCUGCAGUACAUGAUGAUCGAGAAGGGCACGUACGUCGAGCUGGCCAAGGCCAACGCCGAGGCCAUCCGCGGCCUGCAGCCCAAGAUCAGCGUGUGGAACACGGGCGCCGAGGCCGGCGUCGAAGGGGCGCAGGGCAUGGGCAACCAGAGCAGCGUCGCCACCAUGCGUAACAUCUACCAGAUGCUGCCGCCGCUCAUGACUACCAUCAACGAGCAGACGGGCAUCACUCUGCCCGAGUGGCAGUUUGGCCAUCUGGCUGGGCAGAUGUCGCAGCUGGAGCGGGGCGAGGCCAAGCCGAAUGGAAAGCCGUAAACAGUGAGGCAAGGCCUUGGUGGAUGGUGAAGGCCUAGGACGGUGGAGAUGAAAGCAUACCGCCUGGACGCUCCUGGCAGCAAGUCAUUUGUCGUGGGACUUUUGGUAUGGAAGGGCUUGCUAUGUAGACUGCGAAGAGGGUGGCGUUUAGGGUGGACUUCCCAGCAAUACCCAGUGACUGAUGUUUUCAUUCGUUGUUGUACACUAUAUUCAGGUACACUGCUUGCUUGGACUGGCAUCCUUGUUCUUGAUAGUCGUUUCUUUUGUCUUACCGCGCAAAUAUCCGCUAUAUUUAUCGUAAUCAUGAUCCUUACCUUACCUUAUUCAACAUGAAGUUGACGAGUGCAAUUGAAGCUGAG